AUGGCUGCCGCUCCUGCUGCGGCCGCAGCUACCAUCCCAGCUCCCAAGAGCAGGCCGGAGGGCAUCGAUCUCUAUGCUCGCUUCGCUCUCGCUGGUGCUCUGGGCUGCUCUGUCACUCACAGCGCCGUCACCCCGAUCGACGUGGUCAAGACGAGGAUCCAGCUUGACCCCGUCACCUACAACAGUGGCAUGAUUGGUAGUUUUCGCCAGGUCAUCCGCAAUGAAGGCGUUGGGGCCCUCGCGACGGGCGUAGGGCCGACUUUUGCGGGCUACUUCUUGCAAGGCGCCUUCAAAUUCGGCGGCUACGAAUUCUUCCAGCAGAAGCUCACUGAUACCUUCGAUGCGGAAACCGUCAAGCAGAAUCGCACCGCCGUUUACGUUGUUUCCUCUGGCAGCGCUGAGUUCUUCGCCUCCAUCGUCCUGUGUCCCCUGGAAGCGACGCGUAUUCGCCUUGUUUCGACACCCGACUUUGCCAAUGGUCUGGUCGGUGGUUUCAGCAAGAUUCUGAAGAACGAGGGCAUUGCCGCCUUUUAUUCUGGUUUCGGUCCCAUCCUCUUCAAGCAAACAAAAAAAAAAACUAACCCCGCGUACAUGGUUCCUUACACAAUAACCAAGUUUGUCGUUUUCGAAAAGGUUUCCGAGGCCAUCCUGAGCCAGUUUGACAAGUCGCAAAGGUCGGCCGGUGCAUCGACCGCUGUGAACUUGGGAUCUGGUCUGAUGAGCGGUUUUGCGGCUGCCAUUGUGUCUCAGCCUGCCGACACCAUGCUGUCCAAGAUCAACAAGACGAAGGGUCUGCCUGGUGAGAGCACCGCCUCUCGGUUGAUCAAGAUUGCUGGCGAGCUUGGUCUUCGCGGAUCUUUCGCUGGUCUCCCGACGCGUCUGUUCAUGGUCGGUGGCCUCACUGCGGGCCAAUUCGCCAUCUACGGCGAUAUCAAGAAGUUCCUCGGCGCUACAAAGUAG